AUGAAUGAUGCAGUGAUCAACAUUGGACUUGUGCUUUCUGUCGUGCAAGUGGCCAAUUACUUUAAGCUGGAUGCUCCAGAGAAUAUUUUAUACAUUCGCAUUGCCUAUGGUGUUAGUCAGCUAGUAGGCUAUUCGAUCAUGGCAUAUGUGUUUAUGCGUGUUCGUGACAAAAACGACAAAACUGCAUUGAUCUACAACGAGUCCAAAAAUCCAUUUGCUCCAAAUGAAUCAAAAGUGGUCACUUCCACUGUGGGCGACUAUGAUAAAGAGCAGGUUAAAAACUUUUUUACCCAGGGCUUGACUGCUGUGGCUAUUUUAGCUUUUAUGCAUUUAAAAUGGGGAUACCUUCGUCCACUGUUUAUUCAGGCGAUCAUGUCUUUGCGCCAGCUUUACAGCAAUCCCAUGUUUCAAAUUCACGUUCUAGGCAAACCUGCCACUGACAACCUUGCACGACCAUUCAAAACUGGGUUUGGCAUGGCAAGCCAGACUGCUGGGCCUACUAAAAAGGAACUCAAGGCCCAGGACCGCAAGGCAGCCAAAAAGAAGAUCAACAGAGACGAUUAG